AUGAACUCCCGCUCUUUUGUACUCUCUUGCCUGGUGGUGGCCGGUCGGGCCCUCGAUACUGUCCAGUAUGGCGCGUUUCUACCCACUGCUACCUACUCGGUUGCCAAUCAAUUGGGAUUCUUCACGGAAUUAGACCUCAAUGUUGUCUAUUCUCAGGUCCCCAACAGCACGGCUGCCUUCUCUUCAAUCUUGAGCGGCCAAUAUGACAUUCUGACGGCAACUGUUGAUAACGCGCUCAACUACCGCUUCAAUCAGAAACAGAAUGUUACUGUCCUAGGUCAAUUGGAUCAGGGCCCUGAUCUGGUCGUUGCUUCGAUUCCCUCGAUUACAAGCUUCGACCAGCUCAGAGGCAAGCCCAUCAUUGUUGAUUCGCCUGUGAGCGGGUACGCCUACCUCUUGCGGAAGGUCCUGUCCGCGCAUGGCCUAGAGCUUGCAAACGGUGACUACUACUUCAUGACUGUGGGUGGUACAUCGGCAAGAUACUCUGCGCUGCUUAACGGAGCUCUUCCCAACGGCACUGCGGUAUACGCCACCAUUCUGAACUAUCCCUUCACAGUCGAAGGCGAGUCUUUGCCCGAAGGACAGGCCCCAACCAUUCUCGACCGUGUCUCAAAUGUCGUUGCACCCAUCACCUCAAGUGCCUUCACUAUUCGGGAGUUGUCACUGAGCAGCGAAACUGAGUCCGCAUUGUUAACCCGUUUCCUUGCUGCCAUGUAUGGAGCGAACAAGUUGCUGCUCAACUCCAAGUACAAGGACUGCGCCAUUCAGGCUAUCGCAACGCAAGUGGGCAUCACAACAGAUGUCGCCACCUUGGAGUAUGCUUCUGUCAUUGACACCCUGACCGGCGAAGUGUCACCAGGAAAUAACUUCACCGUCAACCAGGAGGGCAUUAUGAACGACGUCGAGGUCAGGCAGAGCUAUGGUGGUUUCGCCAGCGUCCCGACGGGGUUCGACUUUGCUGCUGCGCUGGUCCCUGGCCCGGGCAAGUUGAUUGACUACACGAUCCGGGAUGCCGCUGUUGCCCUGUACCAGAGCCAGCACAGUUGUUUCAAUCCUUGCAAAUCCUACACUCGUCGGAGAUCGUAA